AUAAACUCAGCUGGCUAACCACUCACUUAUUUGGAAAAAGAACGGCGAAUACAUAUACCAGGGGCUCCGCGUAUUGAGAAAAAAAAUGGGUGUGGUAACCAGACUAAAAUUCACUCUCGUUGCCCUGUCGAUUGCGUUUGUACUUAAAGUGGUUAUAUUCUUUAGCCCUGGUUGGGCUAUAGUGAAUAUUCACUUUCCGGAGAGGAUUGCCGGGGAUCUUAUGGAGGAAUCCAUGGAACAGAUUAAUUCUGGGCACCCUAACCCCGGGGACCCAGUCGCCAUGCCCUACGACAAGGACGGCAUAGCCGAGGGUCACCGACUGUCCAUUUCCAUGGGUCUGUGGUAUUUUGUAACCUGUCUUUACAAUAAAAAGCCGCACACCAUGUUCUUCAGAAAGGAAUGUUUCCAUUCAACAUACUCCUCAGCCGAGGAAGAGAUGGACAGACUCCCUGACGGAACGCCAUUUGUCAGAGGAACGUACGAAAAAAUCCACUAUGUGACAAAAUUUGGUCUGCUGGAGUUCCAGAUAGAGACAGGUCUGGGUAUUAUAUGCAGUGCUAUUGGGUUGAUCACUACGGCAUUGUACUACCGGACAGAGGGAAAUAAGCGACACGUGGGACUAGCAGCAUGUGUCUCCUGUCUACUGACAGGAGUCUUGUUUUGGAUCGCUGUGGGUAAAAUUUCCAUGAGUUUGCUGCACCUUCACGAAAUGAUAAAUAUGUAUUAUGGAGGUAACAUGUACGGCAUUUAUGUACCGAUCCCUUGGUGCCUCAUUCUGGGAGCGAUCACCUCGUCAACCUUUCUGGCAGUCGCAGUUAUGCAUCUCUUCAUUGUAUCACGUGAUAGGGACGACAAGAAGAAACCCACGGUAUAUUCAACGACCUCGGAAAAGAACACCACCGCAAUCCCCGUUGUGACUACAGAAUUUUAUCCAAUCGAAAAGACCGACCUCCCGCCAUUUGAGGUAAACUCCAAUGAGGGACUGGGAACUGCACUUCCCCUUCCAAUAAAGCAAAAACUCUGAACUGUUUUCUCUUAGAUUAUAAGGAUUCUAUUAGCUUUGUGAUGUGUUUGUUAAGAUAUUUUUCAUGUGGAGGAAAAUACUGUUAAUAUUUUUAUUUGAUAUUUAUACCCCCGCUCCGAGGGAGAGGGGGAUAUACUGUUUUACCCUUGUGUGUCUUUCUGACUGUCUAUCUAGCCGUGUUUAUGUCCGUAACAAAUUUUCGUCUCAGUUUUCUCAGCAACUACUCAUUGCUGAUGCUUGAAAUAGUCAUAACACCAAAUUUUCUAUUUUAAUAAAAAUUUGUGGGAAGACAAUAUUAGCACACUCUUUGUCUAAGGCAUAUACCAUAUGGUGGGGAUCAUUUUUGAACAAAUCCGAUGUCAACUUCUUGUUUAUCCGUGUGUCUGUCCGUACCAGUUUUCUCAGCAACUACUCAUCGCAAAUGCUUGAAAUAUUAGCACACUCUUUGUCUAGGGCAUGCCAUAUGGUGGGAAUCAUUUUUGUACAAAUUUGUGCGUCUGUCCAUACCAAUUUUUCGUCGCAGUUUUCUCAGCAACUACUCAUUGCUAAAGCUUGAAAUUUUAGCACACUCUUUGUCUAGGCAUGUCAUAUGAUUGGAUUCAUUUUUUUCGAAUCUGAUGUCAAAUUCCUUUUUAUCCAUGUGUCUAUCCGUACCAAAUUUCCGUCACAGUUUUUUUCAGCAACUACUCUUCGCUAAUACUCGAAAUUUUAGCACACUCUUUCUUAGGCAUGCCAUUUGGUGGGAUUCAUGAGAGUGUACAUUCACAUCAGAGCGGGGGUAUUACUAUUGAACAUUGAUUCACAGACUUCUUGUUUUUUAUCAUCACAAAAUCGAAUUCAAUUUUGAAAUAUAUGAAUAUAUCAAGAUCAAGAUUAAUAAAUCAGUUUAAAUAAAU